CGCAGCCACUGAACCACAAGCAGUUCGCUUUAACUGGAGUGCCUGGGAGUCGCGUGCCGGGAGCUGCACCGGGGACUGACUGACAGACAGACACGCACCACCACCACAACACACGAGACCCAGGCGGGCUGCGGCCGCCACCGCCGCUUGGCAAACUCGCCGGUCGGAGAGGUCCCCCGUGGAGCUGCGCCACUGUAGCACUGGGCUCGGGCGAAGGACAUAGUGCUGCUCUCCCGGCCGCACCGAGACUCCGGUCACACCUCAAAGUAACUGCACGUUUAGAGCCAGCUAAGAUGUUCGUCAAAUCUGAGACCUUGGAGUUGAAGGAGGAAGAGGACAUGUUGGUGUUGCUUGGCUCGGCCUCCCCAGCCUCGGCGGCCCUAACCCCCUUGUCCUCCAGCGCCGACGAGGAAGAAGAGGAGGAGCUGGGCGCCUCGGGCGGGGAGCGCCCGCUGCGCUCGGCUGAGGCCGGGCAAGGAGCGCGGGGCGGCUCAGCGGCUGGGGCCGAGGGCUGCCGGCCAGCACGGCUGCUGGGCCUGGUGCACGAGUGCAAGCGGCGCCCCUCCCGGGCGCGGGCGGUCUCCCGGGGCGCCAAGACUGCCGAGACCGUGCAGCGCAUCAAGAAGACCCGUAGACUGAAGGCCAACAAUCGCGAGCGAAACCGCAUGCAUAACCUCAACGCUGCGCUGGACGCGCUGCGCGAGGUGCUCCCCACGUUCCCCGAGGACGCCAAGCUCACCAAGAUCGAGACCCUGCGCUUCGCCCACAACUACAUCUGGGCGCUCACCGAGACCCUGCGCUUGGCUGAUCACUGCGGAGGCGGCGGGGCCCUGCCGGGGGCGCUCUUCUCCGAAGCUGUGUUGCUGAGCCCCGGAGGCACUAGCGCCGCCCUGAGCAGCAGCGGAGACAGCCCAUCGCCCGCCUCCACGUGGAGCUGCACCAACAGUCCUGCGCCGUCCUCCUCGGCGUCCUCCAACUCCACCUCCCCCUACAGCUGCACUUUAUCGCCAGGCAGCCCGGCCGGGUCAGACAUGGACUACUGGCAGCCCCCACCUUCCGACAAGCACCGUUAUGCGCCUCACCUUCCCAUAGCCAGGGAUUGUAUCUAGAGCUGUCAUCUCUGCUACCCACGCCAGGCCUUAGUGGGUUCCCUUUUGUCCUCAGUCGUUCCCUCCUCCCUUCCACUGACCCCACUUUCCACGCUCUGAAAAUCACCUCCCUUCACAGGGCAGAUGUAGCCGUUCUGAUUCCUCGGCUUGUUGCCCUCCUAGACUAUUGGUUUUCUUCAUUCAGACGGGCUCUGAUUUACUUCAAGUGUGAUGGAGCUUACGGUCAAAGAGAAUGGUGGCGUUUUGGGGGCUUCUUGAGACUAAAAAGAUGUUGAGAAGAGACGAUGGUGGCGUAUCUAAAGAGCAAACUGACGCUCCUCCCCUUUCUCUGUAGCAGGACUUAGUACAGUUCAUGUGAAUCUCCCAGGGGGGAUGCAACUGGUUCCUGUGAUCUCUUCACCUUUGCUUCUGCAUAGAGAUGUUAAUGUCGAGUAGAAAGAACUGUAUCUUAGCAUCUGAAUGAUUUUACCGGUAAUAAUAUUAUCCACCGAUUUGCAAUGGCUGGCAUCUGCUUUAUUCCCAUUGCUGUCAGCAGGCUGUGGGAAUUUCACCUGUCAAACCAAACUUUCCCUCUCUGAUGUGCACUUUGUUCUGUUUCCCAGAUUUGUCACAAUACCUAUUGUCCCUUCCUUCUCUUUCCUUUUUCUUCCCCAUUUUGCCAUCUGUCUCUUAUGAUUUAUAAGGGGGGGAAAACUUGUUUUGUUAGAGGGGCAGGUUAGAAGUCAUUGUAUAAUUUGUAGGCUUUGUAAUGAUUGAAUACAAGCGUGGAAAUUUAGGCUGAACUCUCUAUCAAAAGGAAAAAUGUGGAGGAAAAGGGAAAAAUCAAGAGGGAGGAUUGCUUCAUGCAUUAUUUAUCUCGACCUUUUAGGGGAGAAGGAACUCCCCCGUUCUUUCAAGAGAUUAAAAAUAAAUCAACAGUCUGAAAACCUAAGCAGACAUGGAGCAUUAUUGGGAUCAACCACACACGUGUUCCCUUCUAUUUAUUACAAAGAAAUUUUUCAUGGGAAAAGUAUGUAUUUUUUUGUAUAUUCUACAGAGUUUAUUCUAGUAUGUAUUUACACCUUGAAGAGCAAGACAAUUGCUCUUGUGAUUAAACUAUGAAUAAAAUAUCUAAUUUUCAUAA